AAAUUUUUCACGUUUGCGCUUCCUGCUGCACCACCUCUCCCUCUCACUCCUCCGUUGAAGCGUACUCUAAAUCCUCCAUUGAAGCCAAAUUUUCGAGAAUUCCGGUGAGCAAACUGAUAAUUUAACCAACAUCACUCUUGCUCACCUUCUGCAGCGCUGCCCUUCAUAAUCGCCUCCCUACUGCGAAAACUAUGGCAAUCGACUGUCUUAUACUUGGUGCUGGGCAAGAAGUUGGGAAAAGCUGUGUUAUAGUCAAUAUCAAUGGAAAAAAAAUCAUGUUUGAUUGUGGAAUGCAUAUGGGUUAUCGUGACCUUCAACGUUACCCUGAUUUCUCUCUCCUCUCCAAGUCGGGUCAAUUUGAUGAUACUCUUUCCUGUGUCAUUAUUACUCAUGCUCAUUCAGAUCAUAUUGGAGCACUUCCUUACUUCACUGAAGUUUGUGGGUUUUCAGGACCUAUUUAUAUGACGCAUCCGACAAAAGCAUUGGCUCCUCAAAUGUUGGAGGAGAGCUGUAAACGUAUGGUUGAUCAAGAGGCUGAUGAAGGGCAAUUUACUCCAGAUCAUGUCAAGUCCUGUAUGGAGAAAGUUAUAGCAGUGGACUUGAAGCAAACUAUCUGGGUUGAUGAAGAUCUUGAAAUUCGUGCCUACUAUGCUGGUCAUGUUAUUGGUGCUGCAAUGUUUUAUGCAAGGGUGGGAGAUAAUGCGAUAGUCUACACAGGGGACUAUAAUAUGACGCCUGAUAGACUUCUUGGUGCUGCUCAAAUUGAUCGUUUGCAGUUGGAUCUUGUUAUAACUGAGUCAACUUAUGCCACAACAAUCCGUGGUUCUAAAUUUGCUCAUGAAAGAGAAUUUCUCAAAGCUGUACAUAAAUGUGUUGAUAAAGGGGGAAAAGUUCUCAUCCCAACAUUUGCUGUUGGGAGGACUCAGGAACUCUGUAUAUUGUUGGAAGAUUACUGGGAGCGGAUGAAUUUGAAGGUUCCUGUAUACCUUUCUGGAGGUUUGACAAUCCAAGCCAAUACAUAUUCCAAGAUGCUUACAAGCUGGACUAGUCAAAAGAUGAAAGAGGCAUGCACUGCACGCAAUGUAUUUGAUUUCAAACAUGUAUCUAGUUUUGAUCGUUCUCUGAUACAUGCUACUGGUCCUUGUGUUCUCUUUGCAACACCGGGGAUGUUAAAUAGUGGAUUUUCACUUGAUGUUUUCAAGGAGUGGGCAACUUCAGAAAAUAACCUUGUUACUUUGCCCGGGAAGUGUGUAUCAGGAACUAUAGGGCAUAAAGUCUUGAUGUCUAAGAUACCUACAAAAAUUUAUUUGGACUCCAAUACUCAGAUUGACGUGCGGUGUGAGAUUCAUCAAUUGGCAAAUAGUGCUCACACGGACAGUAAAGGAAUAAUGGAUCUUAUGAAGUUUCUGUCACCAAAGCAUGUGAUCCUCGUUCAUGGUGAGAAGCCUAAAAUGGCAAAGCUAAGUGAAAGAAUACAAGCUGAACUCGGAAUUCCAUGUUAUUAUCCCGCAAAUAAGGAUACAGUGAGCAUUCCAUCAACUCACUAUGUCAAAGCUGAUGCCUCUGCUUCGUUUAUCAACAGUACUUUAUGUCCAAACUUCAGUUUCAAAAACAGUGCUUCGGAAGGUGAAUCUGAGUUAGGUGGUGAAAAUAAAACUACAUCAAAGCUGCAGAUAUGUGAUGUGAGGGUUUCUGAAGGACUUCUAACUAUCGAAAAUAAUCAGAAAGCAAAUGUUGUUCACCAGGAUGAAUGGUCUGGGAGCACAGAAACAUGAUCUGCUGUUGAUUUGGGACUGAAUUUACGUUCAGAAUAUCUGUCUGGAUUCUUAGAACAAACUUUACUUGCUUGUUCUGUUCAUUCCUCUCUUGGGUUUUGGGGGCCAUGAUUUGCAAGUUAAAUGUGAAGCAUCUUAUCUGUAGUAUUCACAUGAACACCCGAGUUCCAAAGAGAAAUGCCUCUAUGUCUUUGGUCCAGGAGACGAAUCAUUAUUGUUUUUCAUGGCCCCGACAUAUCUGCCUAUUGAGUUUAAGUUCGAAAGAUCGCCUCAAGAUUGGAAGAAGCUUUGGCCGUGGUUCUUGAUGAACUCUCAAAUCAUAAUUUGCAACGGGUUAAGGAAGCCUGGGUGGGUGAGCAGGCUGAGCCUUCAAUUUGCAAAUCAGUCGGGACAAGAACUUCGUGCAUCAGGUGCUGCAUACUUUCCGAAGUGUAAUCUGAUUUUCGUGGGGAAUGAUUUGCAAUAUUUUCAAUUCUACUAUAAGACUUUCUGUUUUUAUAAUUUUAGUAACUUGUAUCUUAAGAGAGGGCUGAUGUGUUUUUGUUUUAAGGUUGUCUAUAUAAGCAUGAUUACAGCAAAACACUGGCACCUCAUGCAGAUGCAGGAUGUCAUGCUCAAUUUGUACUAAUGGUUUUAGUUAGAGCUAGAAGCUGAGAUAACAUGACAACUUCACUUGACACUCUUUUUCGAACAUACAGAUUGUAAUAAAGUAGAGUUUAGAAUUUUUGGUACGACUAAUCGAGUUUGUAUUGUUUUUCAAAUACGAAUGACGCGCCUUGUUUGUUUGA